GGAGAAAAUGAGAAAGUUGCGCUGGGGGUACUGAACACCUGAGGGACAGAGGAGAACCUGUGGCUCUUAAGUAUUUUGGGUAAUGAGCAAAGUUUGAAUCCACUGUUAAUGCCUUCGAUGUUAAUAUUGCGUUUUAUUGGGCUCCUAUAAUGUUAAGUGUCUUGGAUUAUAUUCACUGGUAUUCUGCUUAAUUUUGUGAGAUUUCUGCCCAAUGUAUCUUUCAACUAAAGAACUCAAGUGACUGCAAUAUGUAAAUAGACAGACCGUAAGAUCAAGCUGGGUAUUAAUGUUAAUAUUGCGGGAGUGGAGAAGUGGCACUAAAGUACUGGUCAGAUCUGCAGGAAACCUCUCUCUCUCUCUCUCUGUCAUCCAAUUCCCUCUGCUGAUGAUGUGACGGGCUUGUACACCAGCAAGAGUGAACCGUUGGUCGGAGGAGGUGGAAAUGAUCAUAACUGUGACCUUGUCCAACUAGUAGUUGGAUAUGAGAAUCCCGAGGUCAUGGAUCACUGUGAACAAGGAGUGUUUUGCACUGAUGUGGACCAACGUGAAAGAAAAUGUAAUUACUUUCUGUGCAAUAGGUUUGAGCCGCAAAUAGCCAAUGAUGGGUUGCUUUCUGUAUUGGCCAAUAAAAUGCAAAGAACAAUUGGAGUUUCUGACCCCAAUUCUGAAGAAAGCAUCACUUCCAAAAUUCAAGGGGAUAAAACAAAAGUGCCCACACCACUUAUGACCGGUGCCAAGGCACUUGCACAAAGGGAGGAAGCCAAAGAGAUGAAUGUCGGAGGCGUUCUUACCAGUCAGCUGCAUGCAGAGAAAGAGAUGGCUAUGGUAUAUCCAGAUAGCUCAAUGCUUGCAGAUAAUCAGUUGGUCAAAGAUGUGCCUUUAGAAGGUGUAAUAACCAGGGAGGUAGCUGAAUGGAUGCCUCCAUAUACCACAAUAGCCAGCAGAUCUUGUGCUGAGAAUGAGUUGACCAGUGAAUUGGUUCGAGAUCAUGUAACAGCCAAUGUAACUCUUGCACAGAAUUCAUUGGACAGUGACUUGUUUGCAGGGGCAAAGUGACUGGAGGAAUUCUGACUUGUGAUGAGGCAGGAAAUAGGUUUCCUGAAGUUCCCACAGAUACAGCAAUCAUUGAGGUGGGAAACUUGGUGCCUUCAGAAACUUCACCGAACAACGGGGCACUUGUAGAGCACAGAUUAGCCGAGCCACCAGCAGUUACCACAGUGUCUGGCGACAUGUUUGCAAAUAUUGAGAUAGCAAAGAUGGAGCCUUUAGAAGGUGUGAGAACCAACUAUCAGCUCACAGGAAGCAAACUGUCUGCCGUACCUCUGGAUCCUGGAGCAAUUGUUAAAAUGUCUGCCAAGGGUGAAGGAGUCAUUGAAGUGCCUGGAGAAGGCGUACCUACCAGUGAAGUGUUUACAGUGGGCCUGUUGCCUGUGGUGCAUGUAGAUGAUAAAGCAACUAUGGCAGUGCCCAUGGAGGGUGAAAUUGCCAAUCAAGUGCCGGUGGAAAGUACGAAAAUCAGUGGAUUGUUUGCAGAGAAUGGCUUGUCCAAGAUAUUUCAAGAACUGAACCUGUCUGUCGAGGUGUCUGCAGAAUGUGAGAAAACCAGUGCAGUGACUGAAGAAAUUGUGCUGUCCAGUGUGAUGGUUUCUGUACCGAAAGAUAUUGCUGUACCUGUCGAGAUGUCUACAGAUGAGGGUGUGAUAGGUAAAGAGCUUGGAGACAUUGCAAUAAUCAAUGGGAUAGGUGCAGAGUGUCCAUUUACUGCAGCUGCCACCAAGGUGCCUGCAGAGUGUGAGAGCGCCACCAAAAUAGACGUCGUGAUAAAUAGUGGGAUGACCGAGGAAAAGCCUUCAGAAACAACAGCAGCUAAACGGACGUCUGCUGGGUGUGAGGUAACAACCGAAAUGUCUAGAGAAGUUGAGAAGACCUCUAUGCAUCCAAGUAUUGAAGUCACCAUGAAGAUAUUUGCAGAUGGUGUGUUAGCAAAUAAAACAGCCAGAGAGCCUAUAACAACGAAUGAGGUGACUGAAGUUCCUACAGAUAUUACACCAACGAUGGAGAUAUCAGCAGAAGAUGAGAAGGUUAAGGAUGUGUCUGGAGAAAAUGUGGCAACCGAUAUGAUUGCUUCUUUGCAUCCAUGUGUUCCCCUACUUAUGGAAAUAUCUGCAGGUGAGAUAACCAGUGAUGGAUCUGCAGAAGACUUAACCACCAAUGAGAUGCCUACGAAGAUGUCCGUAGAGGAUAAAGCCGUCGUUGAGAAUGAAGGACUGAAAAACAACAUGAUCUCUUCUGUACCUCCCGACAAUACAACUAUUGUGGUUUCUUCAGACCAUGAGAUGCUCGCUGAGCUUCCUGGAGAAUGUAUGAAAAUCAGUGAGAAUACUGAGGUACCCUCAGAUGUUUUGACACCAAUGGAGAAUAUUUCAGAAUGUGAGAUAUUUACUGAGCUUCCCAGAGCAGUUGUGACAACCAGUGAGUUUGCUGAGGAACCUCUAGAUGUUCCAGUCGCAAUGGAGAUAUCUGCAGACUGUAUGAUACCUAAUAAAGUGUCUGAAGAAGUUGAGACAACCAAUGCAGUAGUUUCUGUAUAUCCAGAUAAAACCGUCAAUGAUGUGCUGGGAGAAAGUGUGGCAAUCAAUGAGGUGGUUCAGGAGGCUCCAGAAUCAACAGCUACUAAUGAGAUGUCUGUAGACAAUGAGAUAUUUGCUGGACUGUCUGGUGGAGGUGUAUCAAACGGGGAUACAGCAAAAACCUUGAGAAUAUCUGCAAACUUGAUAGUUAAUGAAGUGGCCGAUGUUGGGACAACCAGUGGGGUGACUAAUGUGUCUCCUAAUACAAUUGCGGAGAAAUCUGAAGAGCGUGAGAUAAUUUGUGAUGAGUUCAGAGAAAGUGUGACAUCCAGUAUGACUGAGGAGCCUCCAACAACAGCUAUGGACAUACCUUCAGAUGUACUCACUGAACUAUCUAGAGAUGUGAUGACCAGUGGGGUGGCUGAAGUGCCUCUUCAUACUGCAAUGACCUUGGAGAUGACUGGAGAGGUAGGGCUGACCAAGAAAGAGUUUGGAGAAGGUUUGACCACAAAUGUGCAGGUUUCUGUACAUCCAGUGUUUGCAGUCACUAAGGAGAUGACUGCGAUAACUCCAGACACAACAGAAAUUGUGCAGAUUUCUUCAUACGCCAAGUCUGGAGAAGAUGUUGCAACCAAUGGGAUGACUGAAGUACCUUUGGAUCCUGCAACCAGAGAGAGUGAAAUAGCUAAUGUUUCUGAAGCAGGUGGAACAACCCAUAGGGUGGCUGAUGUAUCUCUAGGCCCAGCAACUAUGGACACUUCCGCAGAAUGUUUGACAGCAAAUUUAAUGUCUGGAAAAGCCGAUGGAAUAGCUAAUAGACCUCCAGACACAACGCCAAUUGAGGAGAUGUCUGAAAUUGUUGAACUUUGUGGCAAAACAAUGCUGAUCGGUGAGAUCCCAGAGGUCCCGACAGAUGUAUCUGCAUCCUUGGGAAGGUCCUCAGAAAUUGUGAUGACUGAAUUACCUGAUGAAUGUUCAGACACCAGAGCGACUACAGAUAGCUGUGAAGGCACGACUACUACGGAGAUUUCUUCAGAUGGUAUCGUCAUCGCUGAAUCAUUUGGAGAAUGUGUGACAAGUACAGUGACUGACGGAACUCCAUAUGCUCCAGUAACUACGGUGAUAUCUGCAGGAAGUGUGAUGGUUGAUCAUAUGUCUGAAGAAGUUGAGGGAAUGAAUGCACUGGCUUUCAUUCCUUCAGACACAUUUACCGGGGACAUGUCUGCAGGGUGUGUAAUACCCAAUGAGAUGUCUGGAGAAGUUGGGACAACUGAUGGGGCACCACAGAUGACACCAGGCACUGCGGCAAGAUUACAGAUGUCUGCAGAGGGCUAUGUAUCCAAUAAAGCUGCUGGGGAAGAUACAAUUACCAAUGAGGUGGCUGAGUUACUUCCAGAUUCAGCUGUGUCUGCGAUAGCCAAAGACUCCCUUGGAAAUAAUGUCACGACCAGUCUGCUGGCUGGGGUGCCUUCAGAUGCUACAGCAACUAUGGACAUGUCUCCGGAAGGUGAGAGAGCAACUGAGGUGUCUGGAGAAAAUGUGGCAACCAGUCGGGUGACUGAGGCACUACCAGACAUGACAACGACUAUGAAGACAACUGUAGUAGGUGGAAUAGCCACCGAUGUGUCUGAAAAUGAGGUGGUGACCAAUGCGAUGCCUGAGGUACCUCAAGGUCCUACAGCAUUUGUAGGUCUCUCUGGAGGGGGUGGAACAGGCAAUGAGGUCUCUGAAGUAGGUGGGGUAGACAUUGAGGAGUCUGGAGAAGAUGUGACCACAAUUGUGGUAUCUGAGGUGUUACCAGAUUCAGGAGUGACCUCGGUGAAGUCUGCAGAGUGUGUAAUAGCCACUGAGAUGGUUUCUGUAUAUCUAGAUAUACCCAGAUCUGGACCGGGUGUGGUCGCUGAUGUAGUAUCUAUAGAAACUGAGACGAAAAAAGAAGUGGCUGAAAUACCUCGAGAUACUACAACAUGUGGGGAGGUGUUAGCAAAGGGUGACAUACUCAAUGAAGACUCUGGAGAAGAUGUGGGAUCCAAUGGUUUGGCAAAGUUGCUUCUAGGUACAACAGGAGCUUUGGACACAUCUGUAGAGUGUGAAAUGUCUGGGGAAGGUUUGACCAGUGAGAUGAAAGAGGUAACUCCAGCUAUUACAGCUUCUAUGGAGAUUUCUUCUGACCUGUCUGGAGAGUCUGUGACAGCCAUUGGGAUCACUGAAGUAGCUCCAAGUACAAUAGAAAUUAUGGAGACGGCUGUAGAUGAUAAGAUAAUUAAUCACGUUCCUGCAGAAGAUGUGAGAGCCAAUGGAAUGGCAGAGGUGCAUCUGCAGCCAACAACGACUAUGGAGAUGUUUGCAGAGGGUGAGAUAGUCAGUGAUGUCUCUGGAGAAAGAGUAACAAUCAAUGAGAUGAUUGAGUUACCGACAGCCAUUGCAGCAGCUAUGGAAGUUUCCUCCUAUCCUGUGGCUCUCUCUGACCUGUCUGGGGAAGGUAUGACAAUCUGUAGGGUGACUGAGGCUCCUCCAGACACAACAAGAAUUAUGGAGAUGGUCGCAGAGGACGAGAUGGCCACUGAAGCCUCUGGAGAAGGCGACGCGAUUACCCAUGAGGUGGCUGAGAUGCCUCCAGGCACGGCUACUAUGGAGAUUUCGUCAGGUGAUGCCACCAUCACUGAACCAUUUGAAGAAUGUGUGACAACCAGUACAGCGACUGAUGUAACUCCAGUAACUAUGGUGAUAUCUGCAGGAGGUGUGAUGGCUGAUCAAAUGUCUGAAGAAGUUGAGGGAAUGAAUGCACUGGCUUUGAUUCCUUCAGACACAUUUACUGGGGACAUGUCUGCAGGGUGUGUGAUACUCAAUGAGAUGUCUGGAGAAGUUGGGAAAACUGAUGGGAUAACGGCGGUUAUCCCACCAGGCACUGCAGCAAGAUUACAGGUAUCUGCAGAAGGCCAUGUAUCCAAUAAAGCUGCUGGGGAAGAUACAAUUACCAAUGAGGUGGCUGAGUUACUUCCAGAUACAACUGUGUCUGAAUCAAAGUCUGCAGAGGGUAUUAUUGCCAAUGGUGGAUAUCAAUGGGAGACGAGCAUUGAGAAACCUGAGGUGCCUGCAGACAGAGUAACAGCAGUGAUGUCUGAUAAGGGGGAGAUGCUCAAUGCAUUGCCUGGACAAGUCAUCAAAACCAGCUGGAUGACCAAGGCACUUCCAGACCAAACGACAGCCACGGCAAUGUCCACAGAAGGUGUGGUAGCCAGUAGGAGGUCUGGAGAAAGUGCCACAAACGUGAUUGCUGAGGUCCCUUCAGAUUUUCUUCCCACAACAAUGGAAAUGUCUGCAGAGAGUCAGAUAAGCAGUGAGCUGUCAGCGGAAGAUGUUCCCAAUCGUGAGGUGAUUUCUGUGUAUCCUGGUGUUACAGCAACAAAGGACAACUCCUCAGAGGGUGUGAAAGUCAAUGAAAUGUCUAGAGAAGGCAUUCAGACCAAUGGGUUGGCUGAGAUGGAGAUGACUGCAGAAGCCGAUAUAGCUACUGAAAUCUUAGGAGCAAGUGUGGCAACCACUGGGUUGGCAGAGGAUACUGGAGCUGUUAAAGACAUGUCUGAAGAAGUUGAGAUGUUCAUCGAUCGUCCAGAAGUGGCAGAAAUCACUGAAGUGGCUGAGAAACCUUCAGAUCUAACAGUGUCCUGGGAGUUAGCUGCGGGGAGUAUAGUGAGGAGAGAAAUGUCAGGAAAAAGUGCAGCAAUCAUUGCUCUGGCCUCUGUAUGUCUAGGUGUGAUGGGGACUAUGCAACUGCCUGCAGAAGGUGAGAUAGUCAACAAGGUGUCUGGAGCAGUGACAACUCACAGAGUGACUGAUGUUCCUCCAGAUGCAGCAGUGGCAAUGUUUGCAGAAAGUGAUCCAGCUGAAGAAAGUGUGACAAGUAAUGAGAUUAAAGAACUUCUAAAUGUAGCAGUGGCCAUGGAGACAUCUAGAGAAGGUGCAGUACCCAAUAAGGUAUCUGAAGAUAUGGUGACCAGUGAGGUGACUGAAGCAUCUCCAGAUGUUACAGGACCCAUGGAAAUGGCUGUGGACAGUGUGGUAACCAAUAACUUGUCUGAAAAUGUGACACCCAGUGAGAUGGCAUCUGGACUGCGAUGUGCUGCUAUAUUGUCUAAGGAGAUUUCUGUUGAGGGUGUGGAAGUCGAAGAUGUAUCGGAGGAAGGUGUAACAACCACUGGAAUGACUAAGAUGCCUCCGGAUGCUACAUCAUCCAUUGAGAGGUCUGCAGAGGGUGAGGGAGACGCUGCAAUCCCAGAGUGUAUCGCAAACAACGGAGUGACUGAGGUAUCUCUCGUUUCUGCAUCAACGCUAGGUAAUUCUGCGGAGGGUCAAAUCCCGAUUGAGCCAUCGGGAGAACUUGUGCUCACCAGUGGGGUGGUCGAGGUUCUGCCCGAUAUAGCAGAGUCCUUGGAAAUGGCUGCAGGAGGUAUGAUUGCGAAUGAAAUGUCUGGAGAAGGUGUGGCCAUUGAUGCUUUGGUACAUUCAGGUUGGACGGUGGCUACGGAGUUGUCUACGGAAAGUGAGGGAGCUGAUGAAAUGCCUCUAGAAAAUGAGAUGGCUAAUCAGGCACAUCCAAACACAGGAGCAAUUCCAGAGAUCUCUUCAGAGAGUGAGAGAAAUACAACACUCGGGACGGCCGAGCAACUUCCAGAUGUUACAGCAGAGAUGGAGAUAUCUGCCCCAUGUGUGAUAGACAAUGAAGUGUCUGAAAAACAUGUGGUGUCUUUUGGACAGCCUGGUGCUGUAGCACUGGAAGAUGAGGAGAUCUCCUCAGAAGAUUUGAAAGCCAAUAACCAGUCUGGAGAAGGUGCGACCAGCAAUGCAGUGGUUGAGAUGCCUCAAGAUGCUACAGCAACUACAGAGACGCCUCGACAGGAUGAGGAAGCCAUUGAAAUCUCAGAAAAAGGUGUUGUAAUCAAUAGAUUGCCUGGGGCACCUACACCUGCUGCUACAGCAACUACACAGAUGUCCACAAAGGGUGACUUAGAUGGUGAAACAUCUGACAAAGAUGUCGCAACCAGGAAUGUGGCUUCUGAACAGCCUGGAGUUCUCGUAGCUAAGGGGAUAGCGCCAACUGGUGUGGAGGCGAAUGAAACAUUAACAGAUGAUGUGAGGACCGACGGCGUGACUGAGGUACCUCCAGAUACAGCAGUGACCUUGGAAACGUCUGCCGAGGGUGUGGUGGAAGCCAAUAAAGUCUCCGAAACAGAUGGGGCAACCCAUGCAAUGCUGGAAAUACCUCCAGGGGUUACUGCAACAACGGAGAUCAUUCCAGAUGUUGAGAUUGCCAAUGAAGUGCCUGAGGAAGAUGCAAGAAACAAUGAGGUGUUUGCAGAGAGUAUGUGGGCUAAGGCAUUUCCAGACACUGCAGUAACUAUGGAAACAUUUGCACAAAAUGUGAUCUUCAAACCAGUGCCUGUAGAGUGUCCGUCAGCAAGUGAGGUGACCAGCCAAAUGCCUUCAGAUAUUUUGUUACCUAAUAACACGGAAGUUGAAGUAAUGGCAAAGAUUAAAGGAGCAAAAUUAGUUAGUGAGGGGCUUGCUGCUAUUAUGCUCAACCAGAUGCCUUCAGGUGGAAGGUCUGCUGACAACAGGUCCCGGAAGAGAAAAGCCUCUGAAUCUCUGGCCGAGGUUUGUGCUUACAGGCCAAACAACGCUCUGUGUUGUGCUGGUCACUGGUGCACAGCAAUGAAGGUGACUGAACAUGAGUUGCACUCUGUUUCAGUAAAGUCGACUGACCACACAUCUAUAUUCGUUCAAAGCAAAGAGCAGCAAGUGAACCGUGUUGGAAAUGAACAUUCCCCGACUGCGCCAGAUAGAAACAUGGGUGCAUUUGGAGCUGUUGAAUACCAUCGAGUGGAUAAGGACCAAACCCUUUGCUACAGAAGGACUGGACUCAGAAGUACGAUUAAAGAAAAUGAUUCAAUAUUAAAGCUGGGAGAGUUAAACUCCGCAGUGCUUUUAGCACAUUGUAAUCCACUUUACUCCAAACUGCAGCUCAUUGAUAGCACUGCAGUGAGGUUCGAUUGCUGUAGCCGAGACGACCCCAAGUAUGACACGUCUGAUGUGGGCGAAAGGGUCCUGCAACUGGGAGAAACAAAACCAGAGAAUAUCCCUGUUAAUGCAGUUAAUGCUCCAGUGUUUAGUGAAUUGUCUGGUGAACUUGUCCCAAUAGAAAAGCUAGCCACCUCAGCAGGCAACAUGGUUUCUGCCAAAUGUGUGAAAAUGGAGCCAGCAUCCUUGCAGAAGUUGGAGAUGUUACAAGCUGUGGACAUGUGUAGUAUCUUUCAAGCCCCAGAAUGGAUGGAUCAGAAUUUUUGCUUGAAUACUGAACUGAAAUCCUGCUGGAAUUCGACUUGCAUGCCAAACCUCAGUCAAGAUCAGUGUGGAGUCCCCACGAAGCUCCAGCCUCUAACUUGGUCUUCUAGAAACUAUCUGGUGCCUCGGAAUAACCAUACACAUUUUGUUACUCCUAUUUUCCCCGUUUCUUCAGGCGUCAAAUUAGCUCCAAUAUUUUCCUCAUUAACCAUUAGCGAUGAAGCAAUGGAACAGUGCAUCUCCAGACGGACUGAUUGGUGCACCCUUCCUGGUUAUUCAAGUGAAGAUGCCUGGGCAAUUUUGCAAUGGCUGAAUGGCUUUGGUAAGAAUUCCUGGCCACUUUCCACGCUUUGCAAGACUAGGAUGUGCACAUGCAAUCGCUCAAAGUUUGGGUUGCCCACGAUUCUAGCACUUUCAUCUCCAGGCUGUUAUAGAGUAUGGACCAGGAGACGUCGUUUGGGUAGCAAGAUCCCCACCGUCCAGCGCCUGUUUCUGACUCGAUUCGAAGAACACUUGAAAGGAUUAAACAUCCCAGUUCCUUUGGACAAACUGUUUCCGUCGAUGCCCUGUAGCUUAGGUAGAAUAGUGUCCUGGUGGAACCAACAUGGUCCAUCAUUUGCGUCAAGUACUGGCUCUACAAACAACUGUAAAAGGAUGAGCAUGGGAACCAGUCCCAGCUAUUUCCUAUCCAAUCUGGUCACCAAGAAUGGAACAAACUUCAGUGGAACUAAACCUUUGCUGUUUCUACAGACCAGUGAGAGAAUUGAAGUGCGGCCUUUGGAUCUCAGAGAGCUGUGUCCUGCUGUGUCAGACCUGCCUACCUCACCAGCAGAAUGCACUGUUACUGACUUGAGCAUCUUCCCAGCAGCUUUACCCCCUGCCCCCAGUGUUGAAAAUCAACUGUGCUCAGAACAAAAGGAGGUCUGUGCGCCACCAGAUGAAACCAAACGAAAACCAAAGGGGUCCACAAGAAAAGUCUCGCAAAUUCGAAUCCGGAAAACCAUUCCGAAACAAGACACUAAUCUCACCCCCAUGGGACUGCCCAAACCCAAGAGGUUAAAGAAGAAAGAAUUUAGUUUGGAAGAAAUCUACACCAAUAAAAACUACAAGUCUCCAUCUGCAAACAGCAAAUACCUUGAGACAAUCUUUGAAGAACCUGUCCUCAAGAAAGGCUCCUUUGUGUGCACCAGCCUCCAGAAGCGCAAGCGGCUGUUGGAAUUCCAGGAUUACACCCUUCCCAGGAAGCGUCGAGCGCACUCCGGAGUGAAGGUUCCAAGUCGCACCCGUCGCAGAAAACCCUCCCCACGCGAGGGGGAGAUCGAUUCGUUGCUGAUUCAGAAACUGACAGAACUGGAGGCUUUCCUUUCUGGAGAGGAUUAAAGAAACUGUAGGCAAUGGGGAGCGUUCUAUUUAUUAGGGUUGAAUCGGGCCGCCUGACAGUCAGCAUUUGUUUACAUACUUGAAGACCAGGGAAUGCCCAGCUGCUGCCUUGAGAUAGAUAUGCUUGUUGGUUUGCUCGGGAGGAAUUACUAACUUGACUAGCUGUUGCGUGAAGGAAGUACAGUAUUAGUGAAUUUAUUAACAUUUGUUAACCACACUGCUCCACACUCGCUGUUUGAGCAAAGGCGUGGAGAGGGUUGAUGGGUGAGAAAUACAGAACUGCACCAGUUGUGAGGCUUACUGUAUGGGUGGGAUUGUUUGAAGCUGCUGAACCCCAAUGAUUUCAAUAGUUUACCAGAAAUUCUCAUUGCAAAGCGGCUUGGGAUAGGUGAUGGGCUUUCGGAACAGAAGCUGGACUGAAUGACUUACAUUAGUGGAGUCCUGUAGCUCAGUGGUUAGAGCACUCGCUU